AUGUUUCACUUAAAUAAGACAAAUAUGAGUUGUUUAAUUCUGAAAGGUUUAUAGUAUUGUACCAGCCACUUCCGCACUAGCCAAGUUGUUGCUGGGAGCUCAUGGAGUGCCCGGUGUUUCGGUUUAACGAGCGACCGUGUUAACUGGCGACUCUCAGGCGAAUGCGUCUGAAGUGUCGUAGGUAUGGCAGAGACGGUUAAUGUUGCAGAAUAUUUUUGGUCAUGACAGCUGUUGUAAACAAUUAAGACACGUGGCUGUCCUCAUAAAAUGUGUUUGUUUAGGUUUUAAUUAACAGGCGCCCCGGGCUGAGAGUCACCAGUUAACACGGUCACUCGUUGAGCCGAAACACCGGUUUUAGUCCGCUAUUGUGUUAGGUGAAACACAGCUAAAUGUUUAGCAGCAAUCACCACAGUAACACAGCGGAGCACAAGACGCUUUCUGUAGUAGUAACAUUGCCUUUUUAAAUCACUGAUCUGAGCAUGGCAUCAGACGGAUUAGAAAUGCGAGAGGACCAGAGAGAUGAUGGGACACCUUUGACAGCGCAAGACCCCCUAAAACCCACAGCAGAAUCAACAGAAGGGGAUGCGGAUGGAGUCGACGUUUGCCAGUUUUUCCUGAUGGGAAAGUGUCGUUUUGGCGACCGAUGUCGUUCGUCUCACAGUGACCCUUCAGUCGAUGAUUCAGGGGCUGUAUCUCCGGACCAGGAUGACAAACGGGAUCAGGAAAAGGUGGAGAAACACAAGAAGAAACAAGGCAAACCAUCAAAGCCAAAAUAUGAGGCAAUAGAAGUGAACAAAAAGCCUCGCAUGCGUACAGCAGAUGAUGUUAUCUCUCGCAUCCUGUGGGACCCAUCAGUGGAUGCUUCGGAAUUUGUGGUGGGGUAUGUGGAUCGCUUCCUCGGUGUGCUGGAGCGUCCCUUCAACGACUUCAACUGGGAUGCCAACCCCUGCGACUGUGACUACACUACUGAGCUGGCCCUGCCCAGACACAGGAUCCAGUACUUCACCUACAGAGGGCACCGCGUCUGGGACCGCCACAGCAGGACCGACAGGGUGUUUGGCUCCACCGGUCAAUCUCUGGCUCCCCCCUUUGGAGGGGAGGAAGAAGUAAAGGGAAUAAACACAGAAGACCAAGAGCAACACCAAGACCUAAAGACAACAGAUGAGCAGUCACCAGCUGUCCGUGGGCCGGAAGAGAGUGAAACAGAGGAGAGUACUCAUACCGAGAGCACACAUCUGGAGGAAGAUGAGCUGAGAGAGAUGAGUACUCACAUCCCGGAUUCAACGCAACCGGCUCCGAAGUGUAGCGGAAACACUUGUCAGGGUCAACAGGAAUCACGAGGAGCAUGUGUCACAGAGGAGGCUGCAGUUAGACUUGAGGCUUCAGCAGAUCAGAAAGAGGAAGCGAGCAUAAAAGAGGAGGCUAAUGAAGACCAUGAGUGGCAAGAAAGCUGGGAAGGCAAUGAAGAUUUGAGUUGUCUCAGAGCCCUGAACAUCAGCCAGAAUCCAUCAGUGCCUGCGGAGCAGAGAGAGGAGAAGCGUGGCGGUCGGCCCGCUAAGAAACGACCCACGCACUUCAUCACCUUCAGGGCCAACACUCCUUCUAUCCUCUCUUGUUUCCAGCAGCUGCAGGAGGAGAUCACCUCCCUUCUACCCUCCUCUGCCCCCCACUGGCAGACUUCCUCCAGCCUUCACGUCACCAUGUGCCUCCUGGUGCUGCCCGGCCCAGCGGAGGUAGCCGCAGCUGUGGAGAUCCUUCGACGGUUUGCCCGCUUGGAUCGUAGUCCCCCGGUGGCUCUGACCUUCCCUGUGAAACUGAAACAUUUCAAUGGGAGGGUGUUGUACCUGAGCCCCCAGCCUCAGCUUCACCUCCAGCAGCUCAACAACGGCCUGCAGGAGGCCUACAGGAAGGAGGGCUGGCUCCACAGGGACUCCUACAACCCACGCUACCACCUCACAUUGGCCAAGGUAGCGGGCGCAGAGGCAGAAAGGAUGUUUGGCGGGGUGGCGGACCUAAAGGUGGGGAAGGGUUUAAACUUUGGCCGUCUGCCGGUAAACACCUUACACCUUUGUGCCAUGGGAGUCUCCAAAGUAGACGGUUUUUAUGAGACCGUGUGCACGGUCACUCUUCGAUAAGUUGUUUCACGGGCACACACUACAUACAUGCAUGUUAAUUCAUGAAAGAUAUAACUGAGUGCAAUACCUCUGACAUUUGCACUAGCCAUGUGGCCUUUUCAAUCAAAGCUGAUGUUGGUUUUAUACAUUUUUAAUUAAUAUAAUUCAGAUUAGAUUUUACUUUUUAAAGUUUAUGAAAGACUUUUUAAUAGGAAGGCCAUUACACUAAAUGUCAUGUUGAUAUUUUAAGAGAAACAAAUGAAGACUACACAGAAUAAUAAUACAAGAAAUUCAUAAUACAAGCUGAUGCAUUACAUCUAGAACUAAAAGCAGGGCAAUGUACACUUUUAUACUUGAACCAGCUUUUAUACUUUUCAUGUUAGGAUGUAAUAUAACAUGAGUCUUCUUCUUCUUCUGUAAUUACACUACAAAUCAAACUUGACAUCUAUCAAAAUUUGAUCUAAAAUGAUUAGUUGAUUAGGGUGAUUCGUAGCUCUCUGGCUGGGGCCUUUCUGUGUAGAGUUUGCAUGUUCUCCCCUGUGUCUGCGUGGGUUCUCUCCGGCUUCCUCCCACAGUCCAAAGACAUGCGAUUAACAGGUUAAUUGGUGACUCUUAAUUGUCCAUAGGUGUGAAAGUGAGUGUGAAUGGUUGUUUGUCUCUAUGUGCCUUGUGAUUAACUGGCGACUUGUUGAGGGUGUACCCCGCCUCUCGCCCAAAGUCAGCUGGGAUAGGCUCCAGUCGCUUGCGGUUACAGAAAAUGGUCUUAUUUGUUAAAUUUAAUUUGUAAUUACACUUCGAAUCAAACAAUAGACCUUUUUUCACAGGAGCCAUUUUGACAUGAAAUAGUAGGAUAAACACAGGUGUUACCAGUUGUUAAAAAAUUAAGGUCCCAUUCCAUUCAGGUCAAACAGAGUCGGGUUGCUUAGUCAUCCGUUGGUCGACUAGCAGAAAAUUAAUUGGAAACUGUUUUGAUAAUUGCUUUUUUUGACGUCAAACAAAAAUGCCACACUGAGCAUCAGC